UUCAGGUGGCCGCACGAGGCGUUGCACAAGGUACACGGCAGUGACCACGUCUGACGUCGCUGUGGACCGUAAAUUACUCAGUUGUCGAGCAUACAGAAUAAUUCAUCAAAAGGAGAACAGAAAUACAAAGAAGCAGUAUUAUCUAUUUUGUAACAUAUUUUUGCAUAUAGCAAACUCAUAUCCUAACCUUGACGAUUUUUAACCUAAAACAUUGAUACGUCACUAUGGCUGCAAAAAUACAACAAUUUGACCCCCCUAGUUCAGCCAGUUCAGAUAGCGACAACGGCGGAGAGCAGUGCCUUGAAGAUCGGGAGGUUUUUAUUUCGGAUGAGCUAGCAGAGGAUAUUGAACGGUAUCAACGUUCAAAUGGAACCCCAACGCCCCAAUCUCCUAGACCUCCUUCUACAGGCUCUCAAAAAUCACCUAGGUCCAGAAGGCAGCGAACUACCAGUAUGACACAAUCGAGUAAAAAAACGUCAGCCGAAUCUAUUUUACGCAGUAAAACAAGAACUAUAUAUACAGCAGGGAGACCACCUUGGUACAAUUCAGCUGGACAGCAAGUCGAACCGUUUGUCAUAGGAAUAUGCGGAGGCAGCGCUUCUGGGAAAACUACCGUGGCGGCAAAAAUUAUUGAGUCACUAGAUGUCCCUUGGGUGACACUACUCAGUAUGGAUUCAUUCUACAAGGUUUUGAACGAAAAACAACAUGCAAUGGCUGCAGAAAAUGAAUACAAUUUUGACCAUCCAGAUGCCUUCGAUUUUGAACUUCUUGCUGCAACAUUGCAGCGGCUCAAAGAGGGGAGAAAAGUGGAAGUACCAAUUUACAACUUUGUCACACAUUGUAGAGAAAAUCGAACUAAAACUAUGUACGGGGCCAAUGUUAUAAUAUUUGAAGGAAUACUCACUUUUUAUAAUGCAGAUGUAUUGAAGAUGUGCGAUAUGAAAGUAUUUGUCGACACGGAUGCAGAUGUCAGACUGGCUCGAAGGCUACGCAGAGACAUAUCACAGCGAGGAAGAGAUUUAGAAGGAGUGCUCAAACAAUACUGUACGAUGGUGAAGCCCUCAUUCUACUAUUACAUUGCACCAAGUAUGGUUCAUGCAGAUAUCAUUGUUCCACGGGGUGGCGACAAUGAAGUAGCUAUCGAGUUGAUAGUUCAACACGUUCACACUCAAUUGCAAUUGAGGGGUUUUAAGUUGCGUGAAAAAUUGGCACAUUCAUACAUCGGUCAACCUUUGCCAACAUCGCUAUAUUUGUUGCCGGAUACUCCACAAAUAAAGGGCCUGCAUACGUUUAUUCGGAAUAAAUCCACUCUCAGAGACGAAUUCAUUUUCUAUUCUAAACGUCUGAUACGCCUAGUUAUUGAGUAUGCCCUAUCACUAUUACCAUUCAAGGAGAUUACAGUAGAAACACCGCAGGGUGUGUUAUAUCAAGGUAAGCGUGGAGCAACGGACAAGAUAUGCGGAGUUUCAAUACUCAGAGCAGGGGAAACUAUGGAACAGGCUGUAUGCGAUGUAUGCAAAGAUAUACGAAUAGGCAAAAUACUCAUACAAACGAAUCUGCAUACCGGCGAACCAGAGCUUUACUAUUUGAGACUUCCCAAGGAUAUAAAAGACUACAAAGUGAUCCUCAUGGACGCUACAGUUGCAACUGGAGCGGCAGCCAUGAUGGCUAUUAGAGUUUUGUUGGACCAUGAUGUAGCUGAAGACAAUAUACUACUGGUGUCCCUUCUCAUGGCAGAAUCGGGUGUUCACUCAAUUGCCUACGCAUUUCCGCAAGUUAAAAUUGUAACAUCUGCGUUAGAUCCUGAGAUUAAUGAAAAGUUUUAUGUUCUACCAGGAAUUGGUAACUUUGGUGAUCGAUAUUUUGGUACUGAACCUUCAGGUGAAGAUUAAGGCGAAGUUAUUAGAAGACUUGUUACACGUAGGUAUAAGGAUUCUAGAAAUAUUAUAUAUUGUAACGUUUCUAGUUAAUAAAUUUCUGACAAUUCUACAUAAUGCUCUACUCACCUGAUUCAGUUUACUGUGAUUUACUUCUACAUGCGUUGAAUUUUGAACAAUUUUUUUUUGACUGUUAUUAUAUGUAUAUAGGAAAGGAUAAAAAUUCUUGGGUGUGGCGGUCAUUCCAUAAAUUAAAAACUUUAUUUAGACGUUUUGAUCGAGGCAUGGCUGGCCAUCCUCAGUUGAUUUUUUACUUCUUGCGCAUCAAGAUGUUAGUUGAAGCCUCGAACAUGGAGAAGUGACUUCUACUUUUUGAAAUGACCGUCACACUGAAGAAUUUUUAUCCUACCUUGUACAUACUCUGAGUCUUAAUUGUAUUAUAUUUCACGGCUGAGAUAGACAGAUAUAUUUAAUAGGAUGUUUCGGAAUUGCAUUUUCACCGUAGCUUGUUCGAUUUUUCCCAAAUAAAUAUAUUUCACUUUUAUCUGCUACUUUGAUAACUUACAGGCUUGCAAAUGGAAAAGCAGCUCUACCAGUACAUAUGGUGUCACUUUGCACAUAAUGCCAGAUGGGCUGGGUAUAUUUUACUUUACGAGUUGAAUAAAAUUCUUUCACAAAGGAAAAGAUUAUCGGAAAUUUUCAGCCACUUUGAAUGAGAUAUUCCAGUUUCACGGGUAGAAAAUAAGGUUACACUUUAUGAACAAUGAUUUUCAUACCUACAUGACAUAAUGGUAUAAACUUAUCAUUGACUGCAAAGAAAGUUGCUAACAAUUAAAUUCUUGUAAGGUAUCUUUCAACAAAAAUGGAUUGUCAGUCCUUGCCUCCACUUACAUUAUUCACUACUGUUUUACAAGCAGUGAGAAUAGCAUUGGUUUUUUGGUUAUGCUUCGGACAUGACUCAUCUAAAAUUUAACAACUAAGAAUGUCACUCAACAGCCAAGAGUACAUA